AUCUGAACAUGGAUAUCUGCAUCAGUCUAUAUGACCACCGCGAUAUCCAUGCUGAUACAAUCCAACGGGCAAUGUUCCCUCUGCGUACAUUCACGGAAUCUACCGACUUUGUGUUCUGCCUGCAUCCUGAUUGACCUCCGAGGCCCCAACGAAACCAACAUCGAUCACGAUCCUGGCUCUUGACCAAAUCUCCGGCCUCAAGAUCUGGACGCGUGGCUUCACUGGCACUACCAAAGAUGUAGUGCAACCACAAGGCAUUCUACAGUACUUGAUCUUCCUCGACGGGUACCAGGAUGCUGCCAAAUGACUUGUGCGACCGAUGUCGAGUUCUAGAGAAUAUAAUCGGCGAAUUUGAGAAGCCGGUCCCACUUGUUGACAGCAAGCCGUACGGCGCCGAUCGCUCCUAUCAAGAAUUCAUCCCUUGUGUUUCGGUCAAUAAGUCAUGCAGACUAUGCAUCCAAUUCUCCUCACUGCAACGAGCGUCUUCGUACAGUAGGCAUGCCGACUUGAAUCCAGAUAUUCAGAAUCUUCUGCUGAAGUGCCGGUUCUGGUGGCAUCCUGAUCUCGCCAGACUGGUUGCGUAUCAUCGAGUGUCUCAACAUGGAAAGCUCUCUUUCGUGUUCCUUCAAUCAAAAGGAGCGCUGCCUCUGUCCAUUGUUAACCAGGCCCAGGCGGACUACAGUCGUCUCAGGCACUGGUUUCGCAAUUGCAAAGACCGUCAUGAGUACUGCAGGUUACACGAGCGCAAAUCAAUAGCUCAUCAGAUCCGAUUGAAAGCUAUUGACUGCACAACUCGGAAUAUCUGCACGCUACCAUCGCAAGCAGACUACACAUGUUUGAGCUAUGUGUGGGGAUCAUUCAAGGAUACAUCACUACACGCAAAGAUCGGCACCAGUGGACGUCUAAAUGAUCUACCCAAAACUAUCGAAGACGCCAUACACGUCACCCUGCAGCUCGGUAUCAACUUCCUUUGGGUUGACCGCUACUGCAUAAAUCAAAACAAUCACGAAGAGAAACAUCACAUGAUCAACAACAUGGAUCAGAUAUACCUCAACUCUACUUUCACGAUAAUUGCAGCAGAGGGAGAUGGUCCCAACGCAGGACUCCCUGGCGUGUGCGGCACACCGCGAAGACCUCAACGCGUUGUGAGAAUCAAGCAGCUUACGUUGAUUGGCAUAGAGAGCGUCUCACAUUACGUUCAUAAUUCGAAGUGGAACACGCGUGGCUGGACAUAUCAAGAGAUGCUGCUUUCGCGUCGCAUCCUCUUGUUUACCGACACUCGCGUAUACUACCAAUGCCUGUCUGGUUUUGGCCUGGAAGGUGUCACAAGAACGAUACUCUGUCGUAGGCAAGAACGAACCUCGAACAGCACUAGCUGGACCGAGAAAGUUCCUGGCACAAAACCCGUGUUCCCCAUUCUGCAAAGUAACCUGGUCGGAAAGAUCAUCCUCAGUCGGCUUUCAGAGUAUUUUGAGCGAUCGUUGUCAUUUCCAGCAGAUACCGUACGAGCGGUCCUCGGCAUCUUCAACGCGCUUCGGAUGUCUGGUGCUUUCACGCUGAAUCAGUUCUAUGGCAUGCCAGUAGUCCUUCAUAAGGGCAUUGCAAAGACCGUGACCGAAGAUUUUGUUGAGCGUCUGACAUGGGUCGCGGGUACCAAUCGAUCACCACACAUUGCUGGCCCAAGACUCGGCGAUGAUUACGGUCUUCCCGACACGGACUUGUCGAAUGUCAUGCCUGGCGCAGAACUCGGCGAACGAAUAGGCCUGUUCCCUAGUUGGUCAUGGGCCGCUUUCAAGGCUGACUGCCCAGAGCACGAACGAAUCAAAGGCAUCAAGCUCAUGUUCCCGGACUCACACAAGCAAGUGGAUGUGAGACGAGCUUUUGACGCCGCCGACACCGGGAUCAGAAUCUAUCAUCGCGAUGAACCCAAGGCUAGUCUGUCUAACUUCGUGCGGCUCCAUCUCGACUUCGUCAACUAUCUGCCGUUCAUUGAUGUCACGGCCUGGACCUGGAGUAGCCUGUUCUCGAAACAACUCCUGCAGACCUGGUUUGAUUCCUGCAGCGUUUCCAUACACUGCGAUGACUCUCGCAAUCUCGAGCUUGCUUCUCCAGUGAGGCUCACGGCUGUUCAUACCAUGACAUACAAGACGCGAGGUCUACACGAAGAAGAGCUGCCGCGUCUCCGUGCCAACGAAACUGGCGACGGCUAUAAGCUCACCAGAGUGCCAUCGAAUCCACACGAGCGAAGAUAUCAUGUCAGAAUGCUUCUUGCCAAGCAGGAUGGCUCUCAGGGAUAUAUGCGAGUUGGUGUCAUGACUGUGGACAUGAUGUGGCGUAGCGACAGACCUCCUGAAGGCGUUGAAGAUAUACUAAAUGGUAUGAUGCGAUCGGUUUAUGGUGAGGAGGAGAGCUGCUGGGAACGAAGAACCUUGCGCUUAAUAUGACUGCUGGUAGAUUUAAGUGCCAGAGACACUACCAAGUUGUCGCAAGGCGCAGACAAGUCUUUCUUUUCGCAAAACCUGAAGGUCCCACAAUUAGUAAGUGAAAAACCAGAAUAUCCGUAGGGGUGCGUAUGUGCUUAUCCACAUGCAUCUUGUACUGGCUUGUCUAGUAUGUGUGCGUGCGUGUCAAACUGCUUCCCUGCGUGACGUAGCUUUUUCAAAACAGUAUCACUAUCGUCUGUUGCGUCCUCUGACCUGUCAAUCAUACAGCUAGCUUGCCCGUCGAUCUGCGUAACAAAUAGAAUACGAGUACUUAUUGCAUGCUUGUUGCUUUGCUCGAUGCACACCGCUUCCACCCACAAGAUCCUCUCAAAAGAGUAAUCACGCAGACGUCGCAAUUAGAUUGGCAGUAACUCUUGUCGUGACUUGCGUGCUCCAAUCGCAUACUGUUAUCUC